CGGCUCAGGGCCCAAUAACGCUCGACGCGGCCAGCGACUGCCGCGACAAGGACGAUUCCUCGCGCCCAAUCGCUAUCCGGUGCUAGGUUCUGUAGCUUUAAGACACACUGUACACAAGUUGGAGUCGCGUACAGGCGCCCCUGCAUGAAACGAGCUUUCGGCGAGCAUUCUUGAACGGGCCAAGCCCUCGCAACUAAAGGCGAUACACACCGUGCAUCGUGUCCCUUACAGCGAUAGCCGCGAUGGAUAGGAACCAGGACUGCGCGAAACACGAUGACGAAAGGAACUGUCGCGUGUGCUGGGCCGAGGAGGGACCUGGCGAGCUAGGGCUGUGCGCGCCGUGCGCGUGCACCGGCUCCUUGAAAUGGAUGCACCAUCGCUGUCUUCAGGAUUGGCAACAGGUGCGGCGCGCUCAGGGGCAGUUCCGCCAGGCGCGGCAGUGCGAGAUCUGCCGGCAGCCCUAUAAGCUGCCCACGGUGCAGUGCGGCGGCGGCGGCUCCGGGCGGUGGGACUACCUAAAACAGUUGCUGUCUCGCAGCAGCACGCACGUGCUGGACAUGCUGAGCUGCCAGAGCUGGGGCGCGCUGGCGUACCGGGCCUGGAAGCUGUACGUGCUGGGAUCCAGUGUGGUGGGCGCGGCGCAGGCGGGCGCGGCGGGACUGCGCGCGGGCUUCGGCAUGGGGAAGACGCUGGUGGUGGAGCAGACCAGCAUCCUGCUGGGCCUACUCAACAUACUGGGCGAGAUGCUGGGGACGCCCUUUGCGGAGCUGCUGUGGUGCCAGGCUGUGGCGUGUGUGGCGUUCGCGCUGGUGAGCGAGGUGCUGUACGCCAGUGUGCUGGGCCUGGUGGCGGGCGGCGUUGUGGGCUUCUGCCGCGGCUACAUGGGCGCCGUGCAGGCCUCAUUCGCGCUGGCAACACAGGGCGUGGUCCGCACCGCGCACGCGGGCCGCUCGCUGGCCAAGGCGGCGGGUAUGGCGCUGCGGAUGCCCUGGUUCGGCCUCAAGGGCCUGCUGCUAGGGCUGGCGCGGUCGCUGCCCGUGCGCAUCCUGUGAAGGCCGGCAGCCAUGCGGCUUUCAGUGGCGCGGGGAGCGGCAUCUCCAAAGGCGUAUAGGGUGCCCCAGCGCGCGGGCUGGAGCGCGGCACACUCCCGCCGUUGGAUACCGGUGAGGCACGCGGUACGAGGCUGGGGUUGAGGCACGCGGUCGGACCUGCGCGUGUGCGUGUGUGGAACGCCAAGGCAGGUGGCGCGUGCGCUCGCCCUUAUACCCCAGGCUUACGCUGUUGUAGUACUAGUCUGUAAUUAUCACGUGUACAGCUGGAGUUGAUAGGUUGGGCUCAGUGCGGCGUCGGUAGGGCGGUGGUGUGGCUGGGUGCAAGUGCUGUCAUGAGUGCGGCCGCGCUUGAUGGAUGUUGUUGUGCCCGUGGCCCGGAGUUGCACGCAGGGGAUUCCCACGCCCCUGGUAGCAAGUGUGCGGCGGCGACUGGUUGUGUUGUAGUUUGUCUGGUUCUGCGCUGAACAGGCCGCCCAAGCGGCGCGGCUGGAUUAGUGGCAGUGGCGUCCGGAUCAGCGAUGGCGGGUGAUGGGGUGCGUGUGUGCUGCAGCGCGUGUGUGUGCAGAGUAUGGAGGAUAGGUUGAUGCUGUCCUCCCCAGCCGUCCGGCCUAGGUCCGUUGACGUAGGGAGCUAGAUGGGUUGAUCCUGUCUCAGCGCGAGCCCCAAUACACCGUCCUGAGUGGUCGUCUGUCCUAGGCGCAAAUUCAACACAUUGCUUCGGCGUGUGGGGACGCGGCGUUGGCGAGAGCCGCGGAUGGCCCUAGUACUGUGGGGGCAUGUCGCACCCGUGGAGGGCCCUGUAGUUUGUCUGAAACGGAACACUAUGAACACCAUGGUAUUAUUCGCCUGAUGCUGUGUUUGGUCAAGAGCUGCAUGAGUGAUGGGAUUGGGUGGUUGAGGCUAGCUAGGUCUGGAUGGAGCGGAACAACGGAGGUGCGGCUGUGGUUGAUGUCGUACAAUUUGCAUGGUUGCAAGGCAAGCGAUGAAGGGCACGCUUGCAAGUGCCGCACGAGACUGGCUGUCACUCAUGUCCCAUCAGCUUUAUGCUCGUGCGUGACAUCAGAGCAGCUGCUGUAAAACAAGUUGUAG